UUUCCCGGUCGGUCAGCCGGGAAUCUUGCCAGCUCACAGGUCUCGCAGUGCCAUCCUAACCACCACAACAUGACGUGGGAGGACGCCGCAAAAAGGUUCAGAUCACAUCAAUCUUCCACCCAUGGGCUCUCGCCGGUGACAGGGCCAUCCAUCAGCCCUGCGCCAGUGAAUAGGAGGCUGUCUUUUGCGCAAGAAUCUCGGGACGUGGACAUGGACACUUCGCCAACACAGCAGCAUGCCCAGCCAGCGUUGAGCGAGCCGCGCAUCAGGACCCCUCUCCCAUCCGGCCCGCGCCCUGACAACAAGCAUGUCAGCUUGCCGCCUUUCCCCGGGUUUGACAGUUUCAGGGCCGACCUCCAGGGAAGCGCAGAUCGAAUUUUGGCGAGCCCAUUCCGCAGCCGCUACGCCAACGUCUCGGUCCUGCUGGUACGGUGGCAGGACGACGACGACCCAGGAGUCCAAAGCGCCAUAAACGAACUGGCCAAAACGCUCCACGAGAUUUAUCACUAUACGGUUCAUAUUAAAUCGAUACCGUCAUCGACCGAGGGAUCCAGAUCUCCUUGGUUGUGGCUUUCCCAGGUGGUGACCGACUUUGUCGCUGAGCACAACCAGCGCGACUGCUUAAGAAUAUUCUACUACAGCGGGUACAGCUACCUGGAUGCUGACCGACAGUCGGUUCUUGCAAGCUCCAAGCACGCGGACCCAGCCACCGCUAUCCGAUGGAGCGGCAUCCAGCAGCUCUUUGAAAAUUCCCGGUCGGACGCCCUGCUCCUCAUGGACUGCGCCUACUAUCCCACACACUCGGCAACGCGACGGUUCGGCAUGCUGGAAUUGAUUGCUGCCUCCGCCGGCGAGGAUCACGUCGAGCUUCUCGGGAGAAGUGCCUUCACCCGCGCUCUUACAGAACAACUACGGACAAGGGCUGCCCAACCUUUUAGAGAACCGUUCUCCGUGGCCGAACUUCACUCCAAGCUGACCUCGUUGUAUCCCGGAAUGGUGCAAGAGCGGAACCCGGGAAAGCAGGCCAUCGCGAGUUUCCCCACGCCGCUGAGCAUGCAACUCUCCGGGACCAAGACUUUACCGUCUAUCCUGCUAGCACCGCUACGACACGAUGCACCCAGCGCUUCUACGAACGGGCUGCAAAUCAGCAUGACGUUCCGGCUGACGGAUGACCCGUUCAACAUGGACAGCUGGGCCGAAUGGCUCCGCACGAUGCCCGGAGGGAUUGCGGAAGUGAGGGUAGAAGGCCCAUAUCGCGAUACGUUUCGAUGACAGUAAUGAACGGCCCACGAGAGUGCGGCGUCAUUGCGAGAAAUCCGGUUAUGACCGACACACUGGCGAAUGCCUCGUCGCUCAUGUCGAGGGACACAGAAUGCCUACAACGUUUCUUCUUUUUCCGACUCUGAGGAGUCUUCUUCACUCCAUCUGCAUGUCAGGUACAAACAAAUGUUUCACUCCCAGCUCUUGCCUUCCCGUGAAUUUACGGAUGCAAACUUCCCGAGUGACAGAGAGGAACGAGAGCUGUUUUCUCAGCGUCUAGAUGGUGUGUUGU